AUGAAUAAGACGAAGGAGAGACAGAUAAAUUGCUUAGCAUUUCAACAAAUUCACAAACAGUUGACUUUAAAUAGUUUAACGCAAGGAACGUGGGGAAAUAAGAAGGAUGGUGAAAAGAGCAGCCACCAACCUGAGACACAAAGGAGACAACAUCAACAGAACAACUUCAAAUUAUUAUUUAUAUCUACGAGUGAACUUUAUGAAUAA